UACCAUCUCGUCGGUAGUAGAUUCCUGAACCGAUGCUGGCGUGAUGUGACUCGUUUGCGCCUUGGAUUAUAUGCGAUAGAAUAUCAAGACCGACGUCACCGAAAGGCCUCCAGGGCAAUCACAGAGCUCGGAAAGUAGGCAAGGCACACGAAGCACGAUCCUUGUGACUGUGAAAGGUCUCCGAGUGGUCACAACCGAGAAAAGUGCCGCAGUCGGUCGACCACCAGAUAUCUCAACAUGGAUCUCAGGAGCUUAAUGAAUACGUCGGAAAACGACGACCGUCCACGCGACAAGCCUGCUCCUCCCGUCCCCGUCAACCCUCCUCCCCACAAACAGCCGCCUGCCUAUGCUCAUCAACAGCACCCGCCGCCCCCCAUUCAGACCCCGACAACUCCCGCCCACAACCCUCCUUCGUACGCCUUCCGCGAGUCCCCGUACAGCCACGCCCUGCACAGCUCCCCGGGCAAGCAUCCAACUCCACAGGAGUACAGUGCUCACGGCCCGUCUGCAUCGGCCUCAUACCCUCCCCAAACCCCCUACCAGGGCCCCGCGCCUUAUCCGGCCGGGCCGCCGCAUCAAGCCCACUACGGUGACACCCGGUCGCCAAGUGCUUCUGGUCCGGGACCUUCACCUUACCGACCCCCGCCGUCCUCCUCUGCCACCGCGGGUUACCCUUUCCCGUCAACAGCAACAGCGCCUCCACCCAACUCGGCCCACGGGUCCGAAGCCAGUGCAAGCCCUGUGCAACGACACCCGCACCUUCCGCCCAGCAGCUCAUACCCUUCCCGGGACAGCUACGCUCUCACGCCUGGGGCGCCACAUGGUGCGACGACGACUCCUUCCCACCCACCUGCCUCGUACAUGCCACAACAACAACAACAACAACAACAGCAGCAGCACCAGCACCAGCAUUCCGGUCCUCCUGUUCCUGUGCCACAGACACCUCCCAUCGGCACCCCUGGGGGAAGCCAUUCCUACAUGCACCAGCAAUCGCAGUCGGCUCAUUCUUCGCCCACCCCAACCUCGGCGCAAAGCCAGCAUCACUUCGGCCAGUCCUUCCCUCACGGCAGCCCCGUUCCGGCCAACAAGCCUCCCCCUCCCGGUGAAUACAACCGACAGACGUCUCAACCGCCGACGCCACUCGGGCCCCCGUCGUCAGCCGGCCCGCAUCAGAGACAGCUAUCAUCUGGGCCCCCAAACUUCGCGCAACCACCUAGCCCCUACCAACAACGAAUGACUGUCAACGCGUCACAGCUUUCUCAGACCCACGCCACACCCCCCGCCUUGCCGCGUGCCUCCACCUCGACCUCCAUCUCCAUCUCCCAUGACCCACGAGCCGGAGAACCCCACCGAGGGUCUCAGUCCACCAGCGAACGCGACAGGAGCGUUAGCGUCAGCCCCAAAACCCGCAUACCCAGUCUUCCAAGCUCUGCCGGCGGACAGCCCGUAGUACGUGCCGCAAGCGCAGUGGUAGAUUCCGACGUUCGACUGGCUCUGCCUGGUGCUGCUAUCCUGUCGGGAGGGUCCGAACGCGAAAGAGCCCACACCCCAGCCAAGCGAAAACUUGCGGACCGGGAUCUGAGCCCCGGUGAGCUCGAGAAGACAAAUACUCGGCCGCCUCCGGGACAGGUGAACGGUGGCCAUACGACCUUUUCCCACGAUCCGGGCGUGCAGCCCCGGGCUCCUGCGGCUCAACCCCUGCGCAAGAAACCGGUUCGAUAUUCCACUCCUCCCCCAUGGGCGCAUAAAUACGAUUCGCGGGAGAAUCGGCGACUCAACAAGGGCAAUCUUGAACUCCAAAAGCGGGGACCGCCCAGUUUGAACGGAAAGCCGGACAAGGUCGUUGCGAGACAGGAGCAGGUCAAGCAGGAAGAGGACAGUCGCCGCAACUCGCCCGAAGUCGCUCGACCCGUCCAGCCGCCGCAAGCGGCCGAGGCGCAACCCAGAAAUGCCGCGGAAGAUCUCUUGGGCCCCUGGGAGCCCAGCAUCACGGGCGUCAAGCCCAUGGAAGAGAUAUCCAAGGCCAUCGCGGAUUUCCUCUUUGUCAACGUCAUCGCGUCCCCAGUUGCGGGCGAAAUAACGAGCCGCGGCAUCCAGUUCGAGAUUGAGGCCAAGCUGGGCACGUUAAUAGACAAGGACACGAACGACCGAGUGAUGAAGUUUAUCGCUACGGAAUGCAUCCUUCAGGACACGGGGAGGCUCGCCUUCCGCAGUAGCAUGACCGAGGCACAACACAAAGUAUUGAACGAUUGGUUGAACGACAAAGUCGUCAAGACGAACCCACAAAACCCGGACCCCAAAGCUCGCGGCCGCGUCCAGGUCCACUACAAACACCGCCGGGAGGUGGACAGGUUCUUCGAAAUCCCCAGCAGCUUACAGGGCCGGCUCCCGGGUUGCGUCCGGUCCUAUCUCAAUUCUAAGCACUCCGUCAAGGUCCGCGUAACGUUCGACCAGAAGACGGGCCAACCGUUGAAUAAAAUCGUGAAGGCGAGGGUGGCCGACCUUCACCUGCACAUGCCCAACGCGCCGCUCGACUGCCGCAUCAGCGUCAACCUGGAGACGGCGUGGGAUGGGCCACUCGAGGAACUCGAGCAGAUUGCCAUUGGGCACGGCAUCAAGUUCCCCGACCGCAACAAGGAUCGACUCAGCUACACGCACAGUCAUUAUCAGAUUGAUCUUACCCAGGUGACUCAGACGGUCCCCGGUCCUGGUGUAUGUCCCAUUUGCUCUCCUCUUCUCUCCUCCUCCUCCUUCUCCUUCUCCUUCUCCUUCUCCUCCUUCUCCUUCUCCUCCUCCUCCUCCUCCUCCUCCCUUGUCAUAUCGGGACUUUCUUUUCGCUGGUCCAUUCUUCGCUGGCUAACGUGUGUGCAUCUCAGAAUACGCAACGCCUGGAUAAAGAGCAUGAGCUCGAAAUUGAGCUUGACCCGACCAUUACCAUUGACCAGGCUCGAAGGGCCCAAUCCGGCCGACCUCACCGAUAUCAGGAGCUUGUAGAGGGGUUCCUGGACAAUAUCCGCUUCCUGGCACGCUCCACUCCCCAUGCUGACUCGUGAGGGACGAUUCAUAUAUAAUCGGUAGAUAAUCAUUGCG